UGUAACGGAGGACUGGGGCUUGGUCUUGAAGUUUUCAGAUGCAUCUGUAGAUGAAUCAUAACAGCAUCAAGAUGUCGGGACGAUCAGGCCGCGCUGAAACGCGAAGUCGGGCUAAAGACGACAUUAAAAAGGUCUUAGCGGCCAUCGAGAAAGUGCGCAAAUGGGAGAAGAAAUGGGUGACAGUUGGAGACACAUCUUUACGCAUAUUCAAGUGGGUGCCAGUAACAGAAACAAAGCAGAUCUAUCGCACCAAAUCCACCAGUGGGGAAGUUAGAGGCUUGAAAGACGUGGUCCUGGAGAACACUAACUCUUUACUGGAUUUUACUGAUGAAAACAGCAACCAGAGUUUUCUGUCGGAUGUUUAUCAGCCUAAAAUGGACAACAGCAGCAGCACUUCCAGCUCACAGCAGGUCAGCCCUCCACAUAGCUCUAGCCUGCGCACUGAAGACUCUCAGCCUCCAAUGCUCGGCCAGGAGAGCGUGGACGAGCCAGUUCACUCAGGACAGGAGGGCACAGAUGAGCCACCUACUCUCAUCAAAGAGGACCUUCUUUCAUCAGGAACUGUUAGACAGAGCACCCCAGACACCCAGGAGGAACUGGAUGAAUCAGGAGCGCCUCCUUUAAAGAAGAUUUGCACAGGAGAGAAUGCUGUUCUGAGAUAGCUUAUUUAUGAUCAUUUUUGUCAAAAUGCACACAAAACAUGUCCUCAGUUGUUGUGAGAUUAGCAAAGCUUUGACAGUUAUUCUGGCUCUCUUCACAUAUUUGUGCAAAUAUUGCCCAUUUUAAUUUCAGCUUAUAAUAAAAUGUGUUUCAUCUGCUGAAUCUUUUUUUUUUCCCCACUUUUAGUGAUAUUUGAAAUCUUGUUGUGUUUUGUUUUUCCUUUUGAAAGGUAUAGGGAGCAUUUUGAACUGUAUUUUGCGGGCCUUGUGUAUUUUCAUUCAAUUGCUUUAAAUGUCUGUUUUUUUCUGGCAGCUGCAGCUUAAAUUUUGCAUGUUUCCAUAUACUGUUGCUUUAUUUGGAAGGUUUACCGGUGAUUUUGAAAAGGUGUUUAUAUGUGAAGCUUUAUGCAAAUUGCUGUUUUAGAUGUGCCAUUGUGUAUUAAAUACAAUGCCCUCCUUUAACAGAGCUUCUUCUGGCUUAUCACAUGCAAGAAUACAUUUCCCUUUUUUUAAAAAAAAUAUCUAUAUAUAUAAUUUGCCCAUGUUUGUAACUGAAAACAUUUUGUAAAUCAUAAUAAAUGCAACUGUUCAUUUUAA